CCAGAAGCCUCUGGAACCCAUGGACUUCCUGGGCAGUCCCUGGCGCAAGGUGCAGUUGCCCUUCUCGGUCAUCUACGUGGCCAAGGGGAAGUCGCGGCCGGAGCUCUCCGCUCGCUUCCUGAUCCGCCACAUGUUCACCGAGGAGGUGCUGGUGAGGAGCAAUGUCUAUGGCAACCUGGAACGUGGCAUGAGCCCUCUGGACUCCAACAAGAUCAAUGCUCUCAGGGACUUCCUUCAGGAGAAUUUCCCUUCCUUUGACCUGAAGGAGACAGGCUAUGACUGGAAGGCCUGCGUGGCUGCCAUCAACAGCACCAUCCGCAGCCUCAGGCACGACUACAAGAAGGCCACAGCUGGCAUCCACUGGAAGGCCCUGGCAGCACCACUGAGCAGGUUCAGGAGUCCUGCCCAGGGCCCUGCACUGCUGAAACCAUUUCAGAGUGACACUAUCAACCUCACAGACUGAAGCUCUCCACCCUCUGGCUCCAAUCUGCCUUCAGCUGGUUGUUACAAGUCCUCCCUGCAAGGCUCUGACCUGGACUUGUGUGUCCGACACUGAGCUUCCAGCAGCACUAAGCUAUUCUUUCAUCAGGCCAAAGUUAGGGUUCCCUGAGUCUGCUGCUAACUCCUCCUAGGAGUGGCAUUUGUGCUCCUCAGAAGUACCUUCCACUGUUUCCUGUAGCAUUGC